CUCUCCUCAUUCCCUCUCUCUUUCUUUUUCCCCAUUCUCUCCAUUCUUUCAUUCACUGGCAUCCCUGUCCUCGUCAUCCCCCCUCCUUCUACCCAUCUUUCACUUUCUCUUGUCUCCUUUCCCCUGUGGACUCAGGAGUUCAGGUGGUUACUCAAACAGACAGAAACAAGCCUGUGCCUCCGCUUGUUUCUCAGCUUUGUCUUACCGCUGCAAGCCCCCGUACUGCACCCUCUCCCUCUAUCCUCUUCCUCCUCCCCGGCAAGGUGUGUGAUGGUGUGUCCCCUCCUCUGUGUCCUGGAGACAUGCCUGUGCAGGAGAUGGCGGUGAGUCCUGUCAAGUCCCUGUACUGGGAGCAGUUCCCCCCAAUGUCACAGCGCCGCGUCUACUGCACCCCCGUCUACCACGAAGGCCUGCUCUACGUGCUGGGGGGCUGCAGCGAGACGGGCAUGCCCCUGGACAGCGUUGAGGUCCUGGAUGUAGAGAGCCAGACAUGGACUCAGCUCCCGCCGCUGCCCACUGCGCGGGCCGGGGCCUCGGCUGUAGCGCUGGGGGGCCAGGUCAUGGUGCUCGGGGGCAUGAACCAGCAGCAGACCCCGCUGGCCUCCGUGGAGAUGUACCACCCGGAUGAGGGCAAAUGGGAGACGAGGGCGAGCCUGGGUCAGCCAUCCAUGGGAGUCACCACUGUGGAGAAAGAUGGAAAGGUGUAUGCGUUGGGAGGUAUGGGAGCAGACACAACGCCACAGGCAUUGGUGAGGGUUUAUGAGGCAGAGAAGGACCAAUGGCAGCCGAUGACCUCCAUGCCCACGCCGCGGUACGGAGCCACGCCCUUCAUAAGAGGAAACAAAAUCUACAUGAUGGGUGGUCGUCAGGGAAAGAUGCCAGUGACGGCGCUGGAGGCUUUUGACCUGGAGAUGAAGAGCUGGACACGUUACCCCUGCAUCCCGAGCCGGAGGGCCUUUUCCUGCUGUGCCACAAAUGAUCGGAGCCUCUUCAGCCUGGGGGGCCUCCAGCAACCGGGGCCGCAUAACUUCUACUCCAGACCUCACUUUGUCAGUACCAUGGAGGAAUAUGAUCUGGAUCAAGGUAUCUGGAUCAAACCCAGCCGAACAUCCAGGAUGAGGGAGAAGAGGGCAGACUUUGUGGCAGGAUGCCUGGGAGGAAGGGUAAUCGCGGCUGGUGGUCUAGGUAAUGAGCCGUCGCCGCUGGGCACGGUGGAGAGCUACAACCCAGUGAAGCGGCGCUGGGAGUAUGUGGCGCCCAUGCCAACCGCACGCUGCUCCUCUGCCCUGCUGCAGAUGACCAGCAUGCUCUUUGUCAUCGGUGGAGUUGCCCAGGGACCCAGUGAUGCUGUGGAAGCCCUCUGCUUACCAGAAACAGUCUGACACAUGCACACAUGCAAAGACGCAGGAGUGCACACCGGCAUUGAUAAUUAUUCAUGUAUGUGCAAAAACACAUGAAUUGGAUCCACAGAUCGUAUUUAGAUACUUUUCUACCUUUAUGUCCAAAUGAUGGAUUCCUUGUGCGCUGGGAUGAAGGAAACUGUUUUUGACAUUCAACAAGCAUUUUUAACUGCAGAGACAGUUUGUGACAGAGCUGGAUGAAUACAAGAUGAAGGGCGUUCAAGCCGCCUGCUGUGACUGGCAAGGACAGAAAACUGAUAGCUUUUCUACGCUGGGCAAAUCAGAGGAAGGAGAAAAUGAGCAAAAAACAGACACACACACAUAGUGUCUGAAGAAACAACACGCCUUUGAACUGUUGAGCAUUUUUCAGAAUAAAAGCAGGGUACUUUUCUGGAUAUUAAAGGAAGAUAGGGCCAUAUCUGUAUCUUUUCUUUGCGGCAGCGUCGCUCUCCUCUGCUGCUGCGACAGCGAGCUCGGACACUUUUCUAUGACUUUAGAAACAACAGAUGAGUUUUAGACAGUGACGUUCUGGGAAUGUGAAUGUCUGUUUUGGUUGUUCUCUUUUCGUUGAAGUGUUUGUUGUUAUGUGUGAGAGUUAGCACUGCUAGCAAGCGCUACCACAGUGUCAACAACAGUGGCCCUUAACAUGCGUUCACACCGCAAGCAACCCAAGAAACUGCAAAUCAGAGGCCCAUCCUUUUUCUACAACCAGUGACGUGCUGGCUGACGUCGACCACAGUCAUUGUGUUUCCUUUAUGUGUUGUGGCAGAAAAGCUGACUGUGGUCUAAGUUGUCAGCACCUCGCUUUGCUACAUAUUUAUCCACCUCGGCUACAUUAGCAUCACCGUAAUCAAUCCCAAUCAAUCACCAAGGCUCAAACUGUCCUUCAUACUGUAGCACAAGGAUGUAGUUGCUCGUGGAGUGAAUGCAGGGUUACUCAUACCUGCUGCACUGAAGCAUCCCGACAGAUAAAUAAUAAUCUCAACGUCAGCCUCCUUACAUAUUACAUGUCCCUUGAGUUUUAUGAUGGAUAGUCGUACUUUGUAUUCUUUACCUCAAGUUGAUAUCGGUCAGAUGGUGGAUAAAACAGGAAGAGAAUCUUGUGGUGAUGAUACCUGGGCAACAUUUUGAGGCAAUUUUGUUACUCUAGAUUUGUCCAACCCAAGUGUAGUAGGCUAUCAUGAGCAUAGUUUUGCAUAACCAGUCCUGAUCUCUUUUGAGUGUAAAAAAGUCCAUACCUAUAGGCUUAAAAAGGACUGAAAGGUUUGUAGCUUGUUCAGGAAGGGAGCCGAGGUUAAGCAAAUCAUAUAAAAAUACCCAUAGAAACUUCUGAAAUCAUGCAGCAUAUUCCACUUCAUUACUAUUGGUCUGUAUGUUCAGUAUGUCACUUUGUCAGUGAAUUGCUAAAUAUGCUAGUUUUUGUGCAGCUUUGAAGUGAAAGCAUAGCACAGAAGCUAUCAGUUUUGGGCAAGGUAGUUGAAAAAUGUAGUCAAUUAGAUUACAUAUUACUCAUUAUAUUACUUCAUCAUCAAGAGUAAUUAGAUCCUUUACCUCGCUCAGCUUUUAAAUAACUCCAACGUUUCCACACCCACACGUCACAUCAUCUGUACGUAAUGUGUAGAAAUAGAAAACAAGAUAUUGUGGUUUAUCAAGGAUUUUUUUCACUGAUCACCAACAGCUAGCUUAACCUCGCAGAGUGAGGGGUUGCAUGGUGAAGCUGCCCUCCAUCAAUGAACAAAACCCAGGUGACUCCUGGAUGUGGGCUCACCUGUGGCUAACAUUAGCUAGCUAGCAAAGAAUUCACAUCAUGUAAGUAAAACAAAUUUGGAGUUACUGAGAAACGCAUCUCGUCUCGUCUGUUGGUAGGAGCUAGCCGAAAUCCAACAGGGGUGCCAUGCCAUUUUUCUGACAGCUCAUAACUCCGAAGCCCCAGUAGUCUGACAAAUGUCCCAUUGGACUGAAAGGACCUCUGUCCGACAGCCUGGUAUUCUGAAAACAAAUGCUCAUCACUCGGAUGGCCCAUUGCUCUGAAAAUAGGCUACACAUGCUCUAAAACAGAAGAACAUGACUAAUUAUAAUGCAGAAUGGCGCCAUUGGACCUUUUAACUAUGGCGAAGGCAUGUCACACCUCACUCUGCCCCUGAUUGGCUUACCAUGGUAUUCUUACCAUAACCAAUCUCAGUCCUCAUGCCUCACCCAACCAACUAAGGCUAUGAGUGAAAGCCUAUCAGAGGCAGAGUAGGGCAGGAGAAGUCUUUACUAUACUAGAAAGGUUAGUGCACAAUGAUUAACCUUGUGCUUUGGAGAAACAGCCCUAUAGUUUUAUAGUUUGUGGGAUAUGCUGUCGGACAAAUAGGCUUUGGGUCCAAUGGGGCCAAGUUAAUAUGUGAAAUGAUGUCAACUCUCCAUCAAACUCCUGGUAAAUCAGCCAACAAAGUAUAGUUUGGACAAGUAAAUUGUCAUUGCUAUCUAUCUAAUUGUUACUGAAAAAGUAACACAUUACUGUAAUGCAUUACUAAGUAACUGCUGCCUGAAACUGUUAGCCAUGUUGCAUAAAAACUAUGUGCAACAUACUGUAUGUACAGAUUGAUAUCAAAGAAUUAUGCUAGGAGUGCUUUGAGCAGUUUCUAUGGAUGUGUUGGCAUGACUCAUGGAAUCACUCAUAACUUAUAUGAAUCCAAGUCGACAGCAGCUGCUACAGACUUUGUCAGAGCCACCUUUUAGUCAUAGGGUGGGUGAGCAACUGAUGCUCAAAAGACAGCUGGAGAUUUUGUUUGUUUGGGUUGAAAUGAGACUUUGUGUACCAGAGUUGGGGAUGAAAGAUGAUGGGGGGAGCUGCAGUGCAGAAUGUUUUGUGACAGAUCCAGUGACUUGUGGACAGCGGACGAGGUCGGGCUGGAGACAAAGGAAUUACCCAGUGCAGUGUUCUGCUGUGUGGCAAGCAGCCUCUGUUGGUCUUUCUUAUCCUGCCAUACUGGUAGCAUUUGCCCUAUUCCUCCUCCUCGCUGCGUGGAGGAUACAGGCAGUGAUAUUUGCCAUGAUGACAUUUCAAAUGUUUUUUGCCAGAGUUUAUUUGAUGACUAGAUGAUUAAAGGUAGUGUGCUAAACAAAAGAGAAAUGAGCCUGAGAUUGGAAAUGGGAAAUGAAAUCCAGAUUGAAUCAACAGAUACGAUGGCUAAUUCAAAGAUGAUGGUUUGUUUCAGCACUCUAACACAUAAGAAGUUGAGAUACAGGCCUGCAGCCUUAUUGCAUCAUUUAGAGACGACAUUUAUCUGGUACAUCCAAACUAUUUUAAAUUACCUGGUAAAUAUUGCAGGUGCUUGAGAAAUAGAAUGAGCCAUUUUGUCUCCCAGUACAUGAAACUAUUUGAAAAGGUGUACAUGCUUUUAAACAUGUAGAAAGAUGAGAGAGAAAACGACUGUAGAUAAAUUAGAGACACAAAUAAAAACCAUACAGGAAGAGGCAGCUAGCUCUGACCCCCAAUAUAAGCAGUGUUUCUGAUCCACACACACACACACCCACACACGUCUUGCCCCACUUCAUAUACAUUUCUGGUCGGCACCCUGGCACAUCUUGUUAACAGAGUCAGACAUCUAUUGCUGUGCAAGAGCACUGAAGCUGCUGGAGCUCAGAUGAGAUGCCAGUUGACAGUUGGUUAUUUCUGGUGCUGCAUUGUGUGCAUCUAAUUGAGUGUGUUAGGUAUAAGCCACUCACAUAUGUAUGCGUGAGCACACACAAACACACACUCCAGCUUGUAGGCAGAGCCGAGCACAGACCUUCAGGAGUGCAGGAAUGCAGUCAGUCAGUGACGACUUGUAGGCGAUCUGUUUUAAUGUUUAGCGAUUUUAACUUGCACAAAUCUCAGAUAAAUGACCAAUGAGUCACACAGACAAGCCCCUGCACUCUCGCUGCUACUGGGGGAUGGAGAUGGAGGGUGGCAGGUUAACAAGGGGCGUGCAAUUUGGUCAUUUUGUUAACAUCCUUCCUAAAAUAACCUGUGGCUCCCACAGUUUUAUCUGGCUACAAUUACAAAUGCUUGGAGAGAACACAAAGAUCAUUUUGUCUGUAAACAGCUCCUCUGGUUGGGGACUGUGGCCCUCCACUCCAUCCAACUCUGAUGAGCCUACUUGAAUCAACUGCAGUUUGUGAGAGUGUGUGUGAGAGAGAUAAAUCACAUGUCUAUUUUUUGCCAUGGAUAUAUCGCGAAAAGUGGAUGAGGUUUGGCAAAAUGGCUAAAAUGGUAUUUGCAUGUGACUUGCUCAUGCAGCACAAACAGCUAAAGGUUAUUACAGAAGAAGUAAUAAUUGGCCUUAUGUGCUGUCUGUGGUAUUUGACAGAUGCUUCUUUAAUGGGGCCACGGGGGAUUUUUUUGUUUUGUUUUCUUUUUUCAGCCAACAGGGAGAAUUGGCAACAAGUCAAAUAUUGCCGCACUUUAUCUUAAAGGUAAAGUGUGUAGGAUUUAGGGGGAUAUUUUGUCAGAAAUGGAAUGUUAAUAAGUACUUUUUUCUUUAGUGUAUGAGCACCUAAAAUUAAGAAUCAUGUUUUCAUUAUCUUAGAAUAAGCUGUGGAUCCUUGUCAAAGGGAAGUCACCAUGAUCACCACCAUGUUUCUACAGUAGCUCAGAACAGACAAACCAAACACUGGUUCCAUGAGUUGAAAAGAUGCUGUUUUGUGAGUGUUUUUACCGAUUGAAGUCAUCGUAAAUGAAGAGACCUCUGCGGAUAAUUCAUUUCCCAGUGAAAAUCUCCUAGACAUCUGGAUCUUAGGUUAUCAGAGAAAAAAAUUGAUCACAUAUUAGCAUGUGCUGGGCAAACCGCCUGUCUCAGACAUACCAAACAGCACAAGAAAAGCACUGAUUUGCAUGUGAAACUGCUUAAUUUAAUGUUUUUAUGAGUUUAAAUCACAUUGUCCAUAUGUUUCGGAGAGGAAGAGACCUCUGUAGAUAAGAUAAGAACAUUAAAAGAAUUCUAGCCAGGAGAAGUUUCAGCUAGCUGGUUGCUAAAUCCCCCCAAAUCCCCUUAAAUGUUACACACUGGACCUUUAAAGCUGCAUUAUCAGAUUUUUUAUGGCCACUUGGGGGCGGCAGAGCAAGCUGUAAACAUUAUAUCAACAUAACACCAUAAGUUGUUAUAAUAGUUGAUAAUGAACUGUUGCUUACACAUUUAGCACUCCAGGAGCAACUUCCUGAGGAAUGUUAGUCUAAUAUAUACUUGCUUUAACCUCUUUGGUCUCCACCAGCUUCUGAGGAAAUGCUCCACUGUGUUCAUCAGCUAAAUUUCUGUCUUUUCUCGGAAACAAGGUUGACGAAAGCUAGGAGACUGAACUGAAAUAGUAAACUUUUGGCCUGUAAAAUCAAAACUAAGAGUUGAAAGAUGCAAAAAUGCUUUGGGCUGAGGACAACUGCAGUCGGAUGAAAAACCAUCCCACAUAUUAUUAUUUUAUAUGUGCGGCUGUGCUUCUACGUCUACAUUCAUGGUUACACUGUACGCGCACUUGUGCGAUUGUGAUGGCGUGUGGGCGCGUGUGAGCACGAUUGUUAUUAUGCUUAUGUGUGGGUGUGUGUGUGUGUGUGUGUGCGCAAAUUCUUGACACCAAGCCACGCUCACCAUCUAUUAUUAUGUGAGUUGUCUGGAGGAUGUACAAUGUCUCCUGUGCAGUCUUUCAGUUUCUCCCGCUCUGCGAUACAGUUUACAUGGCACACUGCAGUCCCCAGGGAAUUCUGGGACCUUGCCAGAGCUAGUUCUCUCUUUUUGUUGUCUGGUUUCGUUUUUUUUUAAACCUUGUCUCUUUCACUCUCUCUCUCUGACCCUGUCAGUGUCAGAUUGUUUUUAGGAGAAGAUGCCUCAUAAAUCUCAAAUUUGUCUUUCAAUAGAAAAGAUGCCUCAUAAAUCUGUUUUUCUGGCUCCUGAUGUGACGUACGUGUCAGGCUGUUUACUCAUUGGAGUGAAAUCCCUCUGCUGCCUCUGACAGCAGGGGUUGGGAGACACAGAACAAAAGAGCAGGAUGCUUCAGUACAGGUAGCAGCUAAUUACAGGCUGUACUUUUUUAGCAGGCCAUGAGCGGAUGAUGCACAAGCAUAUGUAAAUGUCUAUGUAAAUGUGUUCUUACAGGACGAGUUGAAAGCCAAAAUGUAUUGUGGACCUGCUUUCCAUGACAAGAGCAUUAAUAUGGUUUUAAUUAGCAUGAGUUUCUAGGUGACAUUUUUCAAACCGAGUCUGAGAAAUCUGUAGAACCUGAGGCGCAGGGCAAUUUUACAAGCAAUAAGUGCCCUAAAAUUACUACACAGGUUUUAAAUACCCUAAAGUACAGAGCAAUGUUGACUGGCAACAAAUGCGCGAGUAGGUACAACACUCAUUUUCAAGCACGUUUUUAUUAUCCGGAGCAAACAGACGUGACUUGCAUUGCCUCAAAUAGUUGCCUUGUGUAUCAUUACCUCUCAAACAUUUGUAGAUACAGUACGUACCCUCUUGUCCAAGAUACAUUCAGGGCCCUGUUUUAGUGUAGGCACAAUGUGCAUGGCACGCUCUGUGCCUUAAUUCACAAAAAUAAGGCCCACAGACUCAGGUUCUGACAAAACAGCGGGGGUGCAUUCAGCAGAGUGCAAAGAAGUGGGUGGACGAUGCUGAAUUUACACUGUUUUCAGUUUUAUGAAUUCAAUGCUGAAGUGUAUCUUGUGUUUGAUAAUGAAAAGCCUCCCCAGUUUUCUUGUCUUUUCUUUGUUUCUUUUUUUUUUUGUGCGGGCAAACUUGAACACACUUUCCUGGUGCAACAGGAAACAGUGUCAGCACCCGCAGGUAGCAUAAAUGUGUUACUCUUACAUUAGUAUACCCAUGUGUUCUUGUUUUUGUUUCCUAUAGUUGAAAAAAAAAAAUAUCAAACAUCCCCUUGAUUAUUACUGAUUGGGUAACCAGGAUUAGAUAUAAUUGUUUUUUUCUGUCAAUUGUUUAUGUUUGUUCUUUGUUUUGCCCUUCACUUGUUUGUGUUGUGGAUUGAGGUUGUGAGGUGACAUAUGUGUCGUGGUGUUGUCCAGAUCUGAACUGGGUUCCCCAAAGUGUUUGUCACUAGUUAUGUGUUCUUGUAAAGCUUUGCUUGGGUGGAUGUUGCAGCAAAUAUUUUUUUUAGUAGAGGUUUAUACAGAAGUCUGUUUAUUUUAGUCAGACGGGAAGCAUAGGAACACAGUUUGUAUAAUACUGGGAAUGAGGAUAUGUAAUAUCACUGUCUAAUAUAUGGUUUUCAAGUAGAAAGGUCUAGAAAAGGUUAUAUUUAGUGAGAAUAGAGGAAGGACAGAGAUAUAUAAUUGAAGCAAACAAGCUGACACACUAUUUUUUUCCAUUGAGUGAUUUAAAAGCUUGAAGGUUUUCAGAUCUAAAUGGUCGAAAAAACAUCAAUUUCAACACAGGAUAAUAUUUUUCAUUCUGUGAUUGAACUAAAUGCUUCAGAUAAUUAAUAUUUUCAACCCCCCGCAGCUUGAGAACCACCGGCCUUCAAAGCUGUCUGUCGUUUUGACAAGUGUCAGAGUGAAACUAGUUUGUGCAGACAUUUUGGGAAACACAAACCCAGAAAUCCCUCCCCCUGUUCUAAUCUCUCUUGCUGUACUGUGCUGUUUCCCUACAGUGAUUGACAUGGUAGAAACCUGGUAAACUGCUUUGUGGUCUCAGUGGAUCAGUAUUGCCAUGUGCUCUGUGUGUGCAAAUGUGAUUUGGGAGGUUUACUGAACUUAAUGGAAUGUGCUGAAGGUGAUAAGGAAGACAGAGAAGGAAACAUAAGGAACGGUGGACUCGACUCCACUCAGAUGGCGUGUGUGGGGAGGUGUAAGGCAGUGUGUGUGAAACACUGCAAAGUUAAAUAUAUCCUUAUUUAUGUUAUAAUUAUAUGCUUUUGUAUUUUCAUCCCUGUGUAAACAUUUGGUUGUAGAAACAUGCAUAGCCCCUUUUAGUCAGACAGACUCACCCACACACACGGUAACUCCUGCCACUUCAAACUAUGCACUUACAGUGAAUCGAGCCCAUACAGCGCUGACUUGACAUGUGACACCAACAACGAUUAGACUCAGUUACAGUAUGACUCCUGUACUGAGACCACAUACAGUAUAUUCAACGACAUAGCAUAAGUAUAAAUAACAGAAACAAAUAAAAACAACACAUACUUACAAUUUUAUACAAUAUGUUCUGUAUCGCAGUUAGGUUAUGUUCACUGAGACAAAUAAAAUUCUGUUUCAGUUGUUUUACAGCAAUGUUGGUAGAACACAAAGUUUACACAUGACGAUAGGUUUACUUCUCAUGAGGUGUACAACAGCUAUAUAAUGUCCUCUGUGGCUUAGGAUGGUGCUUUCUACAGUCUGAGAAAACAACUUUGUUUAUAUCAUUAGAGUUACUUUGGCUUGGGGUUGAGAAAUAACAUUUUUAUUAUAAAGCAUGUGUUACAAACUGAGGGCAUUGAGAUUAAAAGA